GGGAGAUAGGGUCGUUAUACCUCUCUUCCGCCCCUCUCCCGGAAGUGGAAGCACCGGGGAGCCAUUGACUAGGGAGAGGUUGCCAUAGAGACCACGGUGAGCCUUUUCCUGGGAGCAGAGACUAGGGGACCGGCCUAGGCCCUCUAGUGCGCCCUCUUCAUCAUCAUCGUCCUCAUCGUCAUCAUCUCCAAGAUGACGGUGCAUAACUUGUACAUCUUUGACCGCAACGGUGCCUGCCUGCACUACAGCGAGUGGAACCGUAAGAAACAGGCUGGCAUCUCCAAAGAGGAGGAGUUCAAACUAAUGUACGGCAUGCUCUUCUCCAUCCGCUCCUUCGUGAGCAAGAUGAGCCCCGUGGACAUGAAGGACGGCUUUCUCUCCUUCCAGACUAGCAAAUACAAGCUGCACUACUACGAGACACCCACGGGGCUGAAGGUGGUGAUGAACACGGACUUGGGGGUGGGCAACAUCCGGGACGUGCUGCACCAGAUCUACAGCUAUAUUUACGUGGACUAUGUGGUCAAAAAUCCUCUGUGCAACUUGAACGAGACCAUCCAGAGCGAGCUGUUUCGGAACAAGCUGGACAGCUUUGUCCGCGGCCUGCCCUUCUUCUCAGCCCGGGCAGGCUAACUAACGUCCUGGCCACCCCCCAAUUGAGGAAUGAAUUUGCAUCAGGGUAGAGGCGCACAGCCUGCUUGCUCCAGUCUCUGUGGAUCGUGGCCCCCCUCCCCUUGUCGUGACCUUCCCUACACAGCCUUUGCUACUUGAAUGAGGACUCUGAGCGGCGACAGCUUGGGACAGGAGUCCUCCCAGGGACAGGAUCUGCACCCUCAGCCCCAGCAGUGCUUUUGUGAUCCUUCUCUCUUGACGCCUUGCCAUAGCUCAGCCUCCAUCUCUUUGAAGCGCACGCUGGUCCCAGCGGGGCAAGGGCCAGUUUUCUGACCCAAGGCCCACCUCGUGCUGCAGAACCCCUGAAACGGUGAAAAAUCUGAAACAAAAUUCAUGUUGUCCACUUUCAGUUAAGUUGGUGCUGUGGUGGUGGGGAGUUGGAGAUGCUCUGGAUGCCAAGCUAAAGAUCCUGGAGGCUUCCGGGGACAGAAAAUGCAUUUCUUCGGCUAGUUUAAAAUAAAAACAGAGAUGGCCUGCAAAUUUCCAGAAAGGCCGAGAGAAGCUCCUGCUCUCCAUUUUGCUGACCACGGAUCUACUGUCCCGCGGCGCCUUUCCUUCUGUCCUUCUUUUGGGUAGGACCCCAGCACUCGCUUUUGUCGUCUUCUGAUGACUUCCCCAUUCCUACCCAGGGUCCUUUGCCGGUCUUGACCUGCUUCUUUCUAUUUAUAGAGGGCCCCCCCCUUCCCUUGGCCUCAUCUUCCCCAGCUCCCUACAUUCUAUUUAUAGCGGCACUGUUUCUCCUGCAUUUCCAGUUCAGCGGUGCUCCCAGUCUGGCCAUGACACGGAGUACCCCAGGGUGCAGGGAGGUGAAAGGACCGCUGCAGCAGACUAGCAUGGCCUUCCCAGAUGCUGAUCUCGGAAAGAUCUGACUUCUCGCUUCCAUGACUCAGAAGAGCUCAAAAAGGUGGAGAAACCAUCCAUAUGAUUAUUAUUUAUAAAAGCUGCUUCCAACAUUUAUGAAAUAAAUACCCAUUGGCUUGGACUUCAGUUUGCAAGGGGUUUCUAUAGGUGGCUUGAGAACCCUCCUCAGAGUUCCUAUGAGCUCUGUCGGCUUGCUGUAGCCAGGACCCCCGGCCCUUUUCCCUUUGUGAUCGCUGCUGGCAGCCCAUUCACCUUGGCCAUCGCUCUCCAGUCCUCUAUGCUCUGCACCCUGGGUGGUGAGCCUGACUGAUCUAAAUAGCUGCCUUAGACCCAGUAAACAAGGCAUCAAAGCCCAGUGAGGUGUACUGAAAUCUCAGCUGCAAGUGCACAGGGCUUUUUUUUAUUUCUACAGGCUUUGAAACACAAGAGAACAAGAGAGAGAGAGAUAAAGCAUCGGCACUCAGCAACAAUACCUCUAGGCCAAGUAUUAAGUGCCUGGGUUAACUGCUGUCUCCCUUCUUUUCUGCGAAAGGCGGUAAUAGUGGUGGGUUGGAUCCUUUUAUGUAUUUUGGGUUGCUCCGGAUCAUUUUCAGCUCUGGGACGUCUGUGUGUUUGAACUUGUUUCCAGCUUCUUCAAAAUGAGUUGAUCAGAAAUAAAGAUAGUGCCUCUCUUCUC